AAGAAAGGCAUAUAUAUGUAUUUAGGAUCAAAUUAAUGUACCAUAAGACAGAGGAAGAGUGUAUUAUUCAGGUUUAAUUUGUGGAGCAACAGCAAUAUCUCCCAUCAUGUUUGGUUGGCGAGUUAGGAAAGCACGAGUAUAUAAUGCCAUGUCUAUUGUGGAACUCAUGGUGCACAUGGAUUGUGAAGGAUGUGAAAAGAGAAUUCGAAGAGCGAUCUCGAAAAUAGAGGGUGUUGAUAGCUUGGAAAUCGACAUGGACCAACAAAAGGUGACCGUUACAGGAUGCAUUGACGAGAGGAAGGUGCUGAAGGUUGUGAGAAGAACAGGAAGGAGAGCAGAGUUAUGGCCAUUCCCAUAUGACAGUGAAUACUAUCCCUACGCAGCUCGCUACUUAGACGAGUCUACGUACACAACCUCUUAUAACUACUACAGGCAUGGCUUUAACGAAAGUGUACAUGGAUACUUCCCAGACCAAGCUUACUCAACUGUCCCUGAUCAAACUGUCCAUCUUUUCAGUGAUGAUAAUGUUCAUGCCUAUUGCACCAUUAUGUGAUUAUACUUAAUUUUUAUCCGAAAUCAUGUAUACA